CAAGUGUUGAACACAUUGGUUGAAAGUUGCGCGUCUAGAAAAUACAAUCCAAAAUGAAAAGUGUUUUGAUGCUAUUUGUUCUCGCCAACACACUCUACGGCAUACAAUCCUGGGACUUGGAAGUCGAAUUGAAUUCAAGUUAUACCGACAUUUUGAACUUGAAUUGGUACGGAGAUUAUGGAACCAUAAGAAGAUCUUCUAAUUUGGAAAGGGUACAUUUUAUAAAUUCCGAGAUUGAGAGCGUGUCAAAGUAUUUCACAAAUCUCUUGGAAAAAUGUGUGUCGCUUAAAUUUACAAAUGGAACCGUUAAAAAAGUCUUUAUAGAUAGUAAGCUUUGGUUACUUACCUUGAAUAAUACAUCUACCGAGAACGUAGUAAUAGAACCUGGUCAAGAUUACAAACUUAGGGCUCUAAUUAUCAGUAAAUCAAAAUUGACAAAAGUUCCGGAAAACAUUAACCAGUUGAAGCAUAUCAACCGCAUAGACAUUGUUGAUAACCUGAUAGAACACAUAACACUAAAUGAUUUCGAUGGUUUGAACAACUUGUAUGAAAUUGAUCUGUCGCGAAAUAGAAUUAAGCACGUCGAUACAAAUGGUUUGAUUCGUUUCCGUGAGCUCUAUAAUCUGAAAUUUAGUAACAAUCAGUUGCAACAGUUGGAUACGUGUGGUUGGGAUAUGCCAUCGCUCUACAUGCUGCACGUCGAUCAUAAUAAUCUGACACACUUUGCCGUCAAUCACUUGCGUGCGCUCAUAGAUAUAUCAUUAAGGUCAAAUCCUCUGAAUUGUGCAUGGGUGCAAAAUUUAGCGAAUUCGAUAGGUAAAAGGUCUCCAUUGACAAUUUUUUAUAUGCUAUUCAGGGGCGAUAUAACAUGUGAAAAAGAGAGUCUUGAUGACACCGAAAUGCACUGCCCGACGAGCAUCGAACAUCAGCGACAGCAGAAUUUUGGUUUAAACAACAGGUUGCACACAUUUGAAAGUAUGUUGAAAACUCUAGAAUCGCAAAUUAUAGAACACCAAAAGGUGGUAAACAAUGUUAUGAAAGAAUUGUAAAAUAAAACUAAAAGUAUACCUCAUAAGAAACGAUGGCACUCUUUUUGUAUGGAACUAAAACAAUAUUUGUAUGGUUCGUCACGUUCUGACAAAUCCCCUCUUCUCUCUAAAAUUAUGCUUAUUGCAUCAAAGUGCCAAACACAAAGUAAAUCCCCGGAAGAAGCAGACCUCGCCGGUUCUGGUACGAACACCUCCUGUGUGAGUAACUGGCCUCAGCAGUCA